AUGUCCAAAGAAUCCUCUGAUAUUCUUAUGAAGAAUGACGAAUCACUUGAAGAUACAAUGAACAGAUCAACUAAUUCUAUUAGACAAACUAUUGAGAGGAAACCAACUCAUAUCAGCAAUUACUCUCUAGAUCAUCUAUAUAACUAAGGCAUAUCAAAGCAUAAUUUGAAUCAUUCCUUGGCUAGUACUCAUACUCAUCUUAAUAGUAACAUUAAUUUGAAUGAUACUCUUAGCAAUAGAAAUGUAAAAUAAGAUGACUUGAGUACUUUAAUUUUUUAUGACAAUAUCAAAGAGAAUUUUAAUAAUACUUCAACUAAUGAAACAAAUCUUAAUGAAACUGUUAUAAGUUAUAAUGGUAUGAUUAAGUAGGUCAUCAAAGAUCAAGAUGUCAAAAAGAAAAAUUUUUAGUAUCAUUUUGAAACUGAUAACAACCCUAAAAGAUACUUGGCUCUAAAAACUAAAAGGAAGAAAGAUUAAAUUGCUGUUGAUAAAGAUUUUUUGGAUUAAAGUUCCAGAACUAAAGCAAAGGAAUUACUUGAAAAGACUUUAAUAGAUAAUAGAUAUAUAAUGGAGCAGGAAAGCUUCGAAAAGCUGUCUAGACUCGAAUAAGAACUCUAUUAUAGUGAAAGUCUUUACUUAAUCAAAUAACCAGAGUAUAUUGAGAGAGUAUCAUGCGGGUUAUUAAUGGCACAAAACAAUUAUAAAGUAAUAAAAAAACUCACUCUAGACGCCAUAUAAUCAAACAGAACUAAGUCUAUUUAAAACCAUAUUUUGGAGUUUAGGGAAAAUUCAAAUUAAUGUGAAAGAUGUUGUCUCUUAUCUGGGAUGAAAAGGUAUCAAUAUUAAAUUUCAUCACCAAUAAGUCCUGAAAUAGAUGGUAUUUUCACAAAGAACAAAGUAAGCUGUAGUCCCUUUUUUGGAGGUAACUCAUUUGCAGAAAUCAGCAUAAGAAUAGACUCAUCCAUGAAAUAAGAAUGGAGAAAUCUAUUAAAUUAAAAUAUACAAUAAAUGAAAAGGAUAUAAGAAAAUAAUGCGAGGGUUAAGCAGUAUGAGUAGGCUGAUGUGUAAUAUAAUGUAAAUAUAAACUAAGCUAUUGACCCACAGAUUAUUAUGAAGCAAGUUAUGAAUGUAGAGGGAUUAUAUCAAGGCUAUCUCGAGUUAAAUAAGUGGCCAUUCUAUCGAGGUGAAUUACUUCUUGGACCUAAAGAUAAAGAACCUAAAUAUGCGAUAUCUUUCCCAUCUUCAUCAAAUGUGUCUUUGCUUGGUAGUUUAUAUGGCAAUCUUAACAUGCAAAUUAUAGAUGUCAGAUAUUAAAAUAGAUGUGUUGGAUUGAUUCGUAAAUAAAAGAUAGAUAUCCUUACUGACUUAUGCUCAAACGCCACUGUGUAUUAUAUUGAAUUUCCUAGAAGUUCCUCACCUAUGGACAAAAUACUGAUUAUUUGUGGAGUUUAAAUGAUAGAUCAGACAUUUUAUAAUAAAAGAAUGCCUGUUGGCAGUUGUAAGGGACUUAUGUGCUGUCUUAUCCCCCCCUGCUUUUGA